GUCUUCAUUCCUUUAGCAUUUAUUAAUUAUUACAAGUAUAAUAUAUAAUUAUAAUAAUAAUAUAGCAUGAUUUCUAAAUAUAGAGACACAGUGCAGAAGAUAUAGGAGGGGGCUGUUUUUUGUUUUGGUGGAUGAGACAAUGAGUACUAGUAAAGGAGGAGGAACAAGUACAUUUGUGAUCAGAUGGGUAAAUUGUAUAAGCAUGAUAGUAGCUGCAGCGGUCAUAGGAUACGGGGUGUGGAUGGGCAUUCAUCAUGACACUUGUCGAAAGUCUCUAACAUUGCCAAUUACGGGUCUAGGCUCCAUAAUGUUUUUAGUAUCCAUCUUUGGGUUCUUGGGCGCACUAAAGAACAACUCCAUAUUCUUAUGGAUGUAUUUGCUCAUGCUGUGCUUGGUUUUAGUGGGGAUCCUUGUCUUUACAGUCAUAGUGUUUAUUGUAACAAAUGGUGGUUCUGGUCACAAUGUCGCUGGUUUGAGAUACAAGGAGUAUCAGCUCCAAGAUUAUGGUUCUUGGUUUGUUAAAAAGUUGAACAACCACCAUAACUGGAAACACAUUCAAAGUUGUUUUGUGAAGAACGAGACUUGCAACAGCUUGUCUAAAAGAUACAAAACUCUUAAACAAUUCAAAUUGGCAGAAUUAACUCCUAUUGAAGCAGGGUGUUGCAGACCACCGUCUCAGUGUGGUUAUCCUGUUGUUAAUGCUUCUUACCAUGAUAUAAGUUUCCAUCCACUAAGUUCUAACAAAGACUGCAAACUGUACAAGAACUCGAAAGCAGUCAAGUGCUAUAACUGUGAUUCAUGCAAGGCUGGUGUAGCACAGUACAUUAAAACGGAAUGGCGAGUAAUUGCUAUCUUUAACAUGAUUUUAUUUGUCGUUUUGUCAAUGAUCUAUUUCGUGGGAUGUUGUGCAAGAAGAGAUGCUGCCAGGAUAAGCUCAAAAUCUUGAAAGAUAACUACAUUCUUCAGAGUGAUGCCAAAACUUAAAAGAAUUCAGAAUGAAAUUAUCCUCUUAACAAUGAAAUUAUUCUCUUAAAAAAUUUUGUAUUUGACUUGACUCAUUAGUGUCAAACAAUGAAAUUAUCCUCUUAACCAUGAUAAACAUUUGGAGUA